GCAGAGCGACUGCCAAGGUUGCAGGACGCUGUACGGUUGCAACGAGGUCCCUCUGACUGCAUCACUGUAUUAGAACAUCUUCGCACACGCAGCUGAAGCGUCACGAGCUCGAAACUGGUCACAGAGCGACCUCAACACAGAGUGCAGCCCUAGCAGAGCCAUGGCGCCGCACGCACGACGACGCGCCGUCGCCGCAGCGCUCCUCUUGAGGCACGCCGCGACGUUCACCUACAGCAGACCAAUGCGGGUGACGACGCGGCUCCGCGACGCCUACCUCAUCGACAACGAGGACGUCGGCGGGCCGCUCGAGCCGCUCAGCGACUACCUGCUGGUCAAGGUCGACGAGACGGCCGAGAAGACGAGCGGCGGCAUCAUGAUCUCCGACAAAGCCAAGGAGCCGCCGCCGACGGGCGUCGUCCAGACGGUCGGCCCGGGCGCGCUGCACCCCGAGAGCGGCACGGUGCUACCCAUCGACUGCAAGGCGGGCGACAACGUCAUGUGGGGCCGCUACGCGGGCGCGAACGUCAAGUACCAGCGCGAGUCCCACACGCUGUUGAAGGACCGGGACGUGCAGAUGAGCUGGAACGGCGAGCUGACGUCGGGGAACGCGCGGCCGAUCGGCGGCAACAUCCUGAUCAAGGUCCGCGAGGAGAAGGGCCAGACGACGUCGGGCUUGUUCCUGGGCCUCGAGGCGGCGGACAAGGCGUCGGUCGUCGGCGAGGUGGUCCAGGUCGGGCCCGGCAGGGUCCUGCGCGACGGCUCGCGCGCGCCGCAGCCCUGCGCCGUCGGCGACACGGUCCGCUUCCAGGACCUCGACGUGACGGAAUGCGACAUCGAGGACGAGGAGUACGUCCUCGUGGACAGCCAGCACGUCAUGAUGAAGUGGCCGGGGGCGUGAGGUAGUCCUUGCUUUAAGAAGAGUA